GUCUGUCACCGAUGGCCACCUAGCGUCAGCAGCGUGCUUCACAAUGGAACAUAUUAAGCCUCCAAUUGCCGGUAUUUAUAUUCUUAGAGCGUCCUUGGCUAUUUUUUUGCAGUUACGUCCGCACUGACAGAGAAAUCCGACCGACUCUCUCAUUUUUCUUUCUGAAUGGGUCUAUCAAAACAUUGAGGCCAUCGGUGGACGAAGUCUAACCAGCAGACGCAAACGAGCGAAUGCUCUCUGAUGUGAUUCGUCAUCUGCUGUUCAGCCUUGCCUAGUUGGAUUUGUAGCCUAAGGAUUUAUCUCGUGUGGGAUAUUGUCAUUAGAGCAAAGGAGACAACGCACUCAAAAGACGCAAUCUUAUCGACAGGCAUCCUUCCUUCAACAUGUGGCUGUGAGCUUCUCUCUCCAGCAUCAUCCUCCUCACCCAGCUGACCGCUUCACCCCGCGGGGUUUAACCGACGCCAAAGCCCCAUCACCCUGACGAAGAGGUAGAGGAAGAAGAGGAGGAGGACGAAGAAGAGGAAGAAGGGUUGCUGCGUGGUGGUGGUGGUGGUGGUGGUGAAGGGGGCGUCAAGGCGGUCCCAAGCGAGCGAGCGAGCGUGUGUGCGGGGCGAGCGAGGCGAGCGAGCGCCCUGGGGCCGGCGCGAUGGGCAUCCUGGGCCCCCACAGCUGCGUGGGCCAGGCCAGUUGCCACAGCAACUCCUCCAAGGAGUACUGCUACUCGGCGCGCAUCCGGAGCACCGUGCUGCAGGGGCUGCCCUUCGGAGGGGUGCCCACCGUCCUCGCGCUCGACUUCAUGUGCUUCCUGGUGCUCCUGUUCGUGUUCUCCAUCCUGCGGAAGGUGGCCUGGGACUACGGCCGGCUGGCGCUGGUGACCGAUGCCGACAGACAGAAGAAGAGGUUCAGUGGCCUGGAGGAGAGGGAGUAUGUGGCCUCUGCUCUGCACUCGGAGACCCCAGACCGGUACGAGCGCCUCACCUCCGUCUCCAGCUCGGUGGAUUUCGAGCAGCGGGAUAACGGCUUCUGUUCCUGGCUCACUGCCAUCUUCAGAAUAAAGGAUGAGGAGAUCCGUGAGAAGUGCGGUGAGGACGCGGUGCACUACCUGUCCUUCCAGCGGCACAUCAUCGGCCUGCUGGUGGUGGUGGGCGUGCUGUCCGUGGGCAUCGUGCUGCCCGUCAACUUCUCUGGAGAUCUGCUGGACAAUAAUGCCUACAGCUUUGGCCGAACGACAAUAGCCAACCUAAAUUCGGGGAACAACCUGCUGUGGCUGCACACGUCCUUUGCCUUCAUGUACCUGCUCCUGACGGUGUACAGCAUGCGCCGGCACACCUCCAAGAUGCACUACAAGGAGGACGACCUGGUCAAACGCACUUUAUUCAUCAAUGGCAUCUCCAAGUAUGCCGAAGAGAUCCAUAUAAAGCAGCACUUUGAGCAGGCCUAUGAGAACUGCGUUGUGCUUGAGGCCCGCAUCUGCUACAACGUGGCCAGACUGAUGGCGCUCAACGCUGAGAGGAAGAAGACGGAGCGCAGCAAGAAGUUCUUCACGGACCUGAUGUCCAAGGAGCACGUGCCCACCAUGAUCAACCCCAAGCCCUGCGGCCACCUCUGCUGCUGCGCCAUCACUGGCUGUGAGGAGGAGGAGGCGGUGGGCUUCUACACCAAGCGGGAGGCCAAGCUGAAGGAGGAGUACAGGAAGGAGAAGGAGAAGGUCAACACCAAGCCGCUCGGCAUGGCCUUCGUCACCUUCCAGAACGAGGCCAUGACUGCCAUCAUCCUGAAGGACUUUAACGCGUGCCAGUGUCAGGGUUGCCAGUGUCAGCCGGAGCCUCGCACCUCCCAGUUCAGCGACAGCCUCCACGUGCACAACUGGAACGUCACCUACGCCCCGGACCCGCAGAACGUGCGCUGGGAGCACCUCUCUCUGGGGGGCGUGAUCUGGUGGAUCCGCUGCUUCAUCAUCAACAUCAUCCUCUUCCUUCUCCUCUUCUUCCUCACCACGCCCGCCAUCAUCAUCUCCACCAUGGACAAGUUCAACGUCACCAAACCAGUCGAGUACCUCAACAACCCUAUUGUCACUCAGUUCUUCCCCACCCUGCUCCUGUGGGCCUUCUCUGCCCUGCUGCCCACCAUAGUGUACUACUCCGCCUUCUUCGAGGCUCACUGGACACGGUCAGGGGAGAACAGGACCACCAUGCACAAAUGCUACACCUUCCUCAUCUUCAUGGUCCUACUGCUGCCCUCCCUUGGACUCAGCAGUCUGGACGUCUUCUUCCGUUGGCUCUUUGACAAGAAGUUCUUGGCUGACGCGGCAGUGAGGUUUGAGUGUGUGUUCCUGCCAGACAACGGAGCGUUCUUCGUGAACUACGUCAUCGCCUCGGCGUUCAUCGGGAACGCCAUGGACCUGCUGCGCAUCCCGGGUCUGCUGAUGUACAUGAUCCGCCUGUGUCUGGCCCGCUCGGCUGCAGAGAGGCGCAACGUCAAACGGCAUCAGGCGUACGAGUUCCAGUUCGGCGCCGCCUAUGCCUGGAUGAUGUGCGUCUUCACCGUCGUCAUGACGUACAGCAUCACGUGUCCAAUCAUAGUGCCCUUCGGUCUGAUGCACAUGCUCCUGAAGCACCUGGUGGACAGGUACAACAUGUACUACGCCUACCUGCCCUCCAAGCUGGAUAAGAAGAUCCACUCGGGAGCCGUCAACCAGGUGGUGGCCGCCCCCAUCCUCUGCCUCUUCUGGCUCCUCUUCUUCUCCACCGUCCGCAUAGGAUUCCUGGCGCCCACCUCCAUGUUCACCUUCGUCGUGCUCAUCAUCACCAUCGUGGUGUGCCUGUCGCACGUCUGCUUCGGCCACUUCAAGUACCUGAGCGCCCACAACUACAAGAUCGACACCAAGGACACAGACGCAGAACCUGUGGAAAAUGGCCGACCGGUACGCGCAUCACCAACCAGCAAGAUGGCCCAGCAGCAGUCCUACAUCGCCCAGGUGCUGCAGGACCCCAACGCGGACGAGGCGGGCGCCAACAGCUGCAGCUGCAGCGAGGAGGACGGCCAGGGCUCCUCGCAGGACGAGGAGAUGAUCAACGGCGGCAACAGCCUCAACGAGGCCGACUUCCAGUCCGGCGAGGACAGCCUCAUCGCCAACGAGGUCCACCACUGACCCGCACCCCGGGGGGGAAGGGGCAGAGAGAAGAGUGAUGGGGAGAGAGAGAGAGAGAACGAGAGAGAGAGAGAGGGAGGUGGAGGUGGAGGAGGGGAAAGGAGAAGAGAGUGAUGGAGUGAUCCACUGGACAAAAGUGGGGCCAUCCAGAACCAUCGGCACCAAAGGAGGGCACAAGAACUGUAUCGGAGGCACACACACACACACACACACACACACACACACACACACUCAUAAUAUGGUCACACACACACACACACACACACACACAUACACACAGUGGUAAUAUGGUGACACACACACACACACAGACACACAUACAGGUAGAGAUGGACCCAAGCACUCUCACACGCACACACAGGGAAGAAUGUUCACAUGCACUUCUCUGCUACACAGAAGUUGCACGUAAGCACAAUGUUGGUGUGCAUAAAAAACGCAGAUGUCGUCUGACAUAUACACUCGCCUGCAUCCUCCCAGUAGAUUACACUACUGUGCACAUCUAACACACACACACACGCACACACACGCACACACACACACACACACACACACACACACACACACAGACACACACACACACAGAACACUGCCCCUACCCUCUGUGCCACUGGCUUGCCCUGGGCAGACAUGCACCGUGCCAGACAUGCACCGUGCCAGACAUGCACCGUGCCAGACAUGCACAGUGCCGGCGGGUCUUGAUGACCUCAUCAUUGUGAGUCCUGAGUGUGAGAUCGUUCACUGGAGGCCUUGUGCUGUACUUUCAAACUUUCUCAUACACAGGCAUUCAUUCAGACACAGCCAUACACACACACACACACACUUUUUAUUUAUCAUGUCAAUACUUCAGCUAUCGUUUACCCAUAGCAAACUCCAAGGACAGCCACACAUAAAACAUGAAACAUGAAAGGCUCAAACCAGCCACAGAGACAGAAAGCCAAAAACAAAUGGACAAAUUUGACUCUCCUCAUCCAGCAUCAUUCAUCAAUGUCCAAAGGACUCUGUCUCUAGUCGUUGUACGAGAACCGUGACCGUAUUCGGCGUUCGGAGCAGGCGAGGCCACUGGGAAUACCUGGAAAUUUACCCACAAUGCACUGGAAGAAAAGGUUCAGUCAUCUUUCAUAAAAACAAUGAAUUCAUAAACAUGUAAAAAAACAAAAAAUCUAAAAAAAAAAAAUACAGAGACAAGGCCUCGUCAGCCAUUUUGACUCUUUAAGCACAUAACUAAUGGUCUUUCCCUUAUCCUAAGAAGAAGAAAAAAAAAAUGCCUCAAACAUGGACACCUGUUCCUCUCCAAAAUUAUAUAUAUAUUUUGUUGUCGUUUUGAUUUUGUCUAUUAGUGGGUUUGUUAGCACUUCCAAAACAGUAUUUGAUUUUGUCCCUGCUGCUAUACUGGCAUACUUACACAGUGGUUUGCUAUUUCCUUUUGUGUGGGUGUGUUUGUUUGUUGGUUUGUUUGUUUGUUAGUGUGUGUGUGUGUGUGUGUGUGUGUGUGUGUGUGUGUGUGUGUGUGUGUGUGUUUGUGUGUGUGUGUCUUUGGUUAACCCAGUGUCAAUGUUCUAUUAGACAUUCCAAAGGAAUAUUUAAAAAGUGCAAUAGUGCAGGGGAGGAGAAGGAAGAGCCAAAAUGGUGGACCCAGUGCAUCUCAGACUUUUCCCAAUCUCCAACAUCCAAGGAACUGGCGAUUCUGAUGACUGGAGAGUCCUCUUCCAAAAAGAAAGGGGAUAUCACCACGCCAACGGGAACAGGCUGACCGAGACCCAACUGAUUGUGCUGCCUGGGCGCCUGAAGGACUGGAGUGACCACUGUGGACCCCCAUUUUGUGCUCCUGAAGGACUGGAGUGACCACUGUGGACCCCCAUUUUGUGCUCCUGAAGGACUGGAGUGACCACUGUGGACCUCCAUUUUGUGCUCCGGGGGGACAAGACAAGCUUGGCCAUCUCCACUAUCGGCAGUUAGGACACAUGACUAUACUGUGAAUCAAAUGGAAUUUAAUUGGAAAAUGGAAUUGAACGGCGCACCUCUUGUUUCUUCCAAAGACGAGGCAAAUUAAAUUGUCCCCUUUCAGUGUUGCCCCGUCGUCCCUCAAAUGCCCCCCCCCCCCCCCCCCCCACCUCACCGUUUCCGUCAUGUUUGGUCACCGAUGGGAUGUUGUUCUAGUCAUCUCAGUGUUUACUCGUGUCUACUAUUCCCAACAACUGUAUCUGGAUUUCACUUCAGACUCUUUCCUGAGUCUACCGCAACUUGAUGGCUUGACUUGUCAAUUGUUUGUUUGUUUUUGACUGACAAAGUAGCAGCAAGUAGGCCUACUAUCACAAACCCAACCAUGCCCUGCUGAUGUUUUUUCUUUUUUCUUUUUUGGGACCACCGGCUGGUCUGAGCAGAUGGAUUACACACACACACACACACACACACACACACACACACACGCACACACACUCACGCACAUCUUUGGAUAAAAAGUAUUUUGCAUUUUCUGUGAUUAUAUCUGUUGCUGGUUGACAUACGGGACAAACAGACCCACAAAACAGACUGUUUCUAGUGGGUUUGACGUUGCUGCCAGCUCGUGUAGACAUCAAAAUACUAACCUUAGGCUACAACAGACACUCCCACAACCAGUCCCGGUGUCAAUUCCACCAUGCAGCUACCUGUCUGGACUGAGAUAGAUGGUGGUGGUGGUGGUUGACUGUUGGGGCAAGAUAGCCUAAUGACUCACAUAUUUUCGAGAUGAUCCGAUGUUGCCAAGGUGACUGACACGGUAUGUGUAGCAAAGACUGAUCUUGCCCGUUGCGAGAUUUUCGAUACUGAUGGAUUCUCAACAGCUUAGGUUUGGCUGGUGACGCGUUGUUUCCAUUUUUGUGCAAGUCUAAAGGUUCUCAUGUGAAAUGGAAAAAGAAAAAAAAUGUUUAAAAAAAGAAAAUGUUUAAAAAUGAAAAUUGUGAGUAACCACUUUGUGCUUGACGAUGUUUGUCAGCUGGUGCCUGUUUUUGUUUCUUUUCCUUUUCUUUCCUUUCCUUCUUUUUUGUUUUAUAUGAAGUGAGAGACAAAUUGUUGUGGGUAGUUUGAUUUGGAUAUGAAGAGAAUGUGCUUUUUUUCCUGAAUGGAUCGAAGACGUCUGAUGGCACAAACGUAGGCUAAUUCUUAAACGUAGGCUAUUUGUUCGUCUUCACAAUCACGGACAUGUCGGAGACAAAGCUUUCACACAAAAACCCUUUUCAUGCCCAUGGAAAAGCAAAAAGGAUGUGACGGCCACUUAAACCCGUUGUGUGUGAGAGAGUUAUACGUUUGUGUGCGUGUGUCUGAGUGAGAGGUCACUAGUUAUAUAAGUAGAUAGUCUUGUGAUGAAAGUCCUUCUAAAGCAGUUGAAGGACAGAGAACAGUCUGCGUUCGCGUUACAGAGCCAAUGAUAGGCGAUGCUUCAGGCUGACUAGUUCAUUAAGUUCCCCGCGUUAUUGUACCAGCUACUUUUUAUUGUUAUGGAGGGGUGCUGUUGAACCAUGUUCUGUAGCACUCUUGUCAGUCCUGACCACGUAACCACGUUUGUUUUGCCAAUACAGAAGCUGUCUCCGUCCCUCCUCGCUGUAUUCACAUCAGGCGCGCGCAGAAAGGGGGAUAGGAGUAAGUAAUAGCCUGUGUAAGCAAGCUAUUCUGUGCUUCUGACCGUGUAAACGCGAGACUUCAAAGGACUGAUUGACUUGUUUAGUUCUUUUCUGGCACUUUAUGUGACUGAAAGUCGUGAGGUUGGCGACGCAAAAAAGAAAAUAUACAUCUUGUGGCUGCGGCAGAGAAACGCACUUAAUUAGACAGGUUUGUACUAGUGAAGAUCCGCUAGAGGGCACUGUACGCUCGUUCUUUUAUGUACCACUGCUGUAAAAGCAUUGCUGAGGAGGACACGUUCCUCGUUGAAAAGCUGUGAAGGUUUAUAGUGAAAGGAUGUUUUACCACCAGCUAAAGGAACAUGCAAUAGAUUCCCCAAACAGUAGCUGCCUACGAGACGGUCUUGGCUCUGAUUAGAACCAGACUUGUGUCAUGUGGCUGUUACCUCAUUAUUAGUUGUGGAUUCAGCAGAUAAAGCUACCAUUUAGCACAGCUACUUUUUGAACAGUCUCAGGUGUCCUGUAUUCUCAUUAAAAUGUUUACAUCUCCAUGUGUUUUCCGUUCGUUUUAUUGUUUUAUAUUUGUUUCAGGAUGAUGUGGUUUUUGGUUUUCUUUAAGCAAAAAAAAAAAAAAGAUUUGUAGACACUAAACUGAACUAUGAAAGCGGUAGCUACGUGUGCUGUUGUUGGCACCAGGUGCACUAUAAAAUCACAUGCCAUGCUUGUAUGUAAAUCUGCUUUUUCUUAGUGUAUGGUACUUGUGUCAGUGUCGUAGCUACAUGCCGGAGAUCUUCAAGCGGAUACGUGUCUUGGUUCGUCCAUUUUGUUUUCCCCUUUAGGCCUAUCUGUUAAACUAUUUAUCCACUGAAAGUGAAUGUGAACUCUCACAGUCACUUAAUGUACCUUAUCCUACUUGUGCACACUUAUGGACUUAGUAGCUGUUAACAUUAUUUUUUAUUAUAAUUUAUUAUUAUCAAAUAUAUUCUCAUAGGCCUAUCUUUUCAGACACCGAUUUUGAGACUUGAAUUUUUUUUAUCUUUUUUUUUCAUUUCUUUAAUUCUUCCUUGUUCAUUUUUGCUUGUUUUAAACCAUCAUUGCUUGUUAAAGCUGUGAAGUAAAGAAUGUCUUUUUAGCUCAGCACAAAUGGAGAAGCAGCAUAGGCCUCCCGGCCUACUGAGAAGUAAAGACCAGCAUUGGUUAGUAAGAUUUACAAUGAGUGGCUGUUAAUACCUUUGUACAUACCCUUCAUUGACACACUAUCAUAGCAAAACAAAUGGUAGUGUAAUACAUAGUACAUAUGUACAGUUUUUAAGACAUCGGUUAGGAGGUCAAAGUUGACAUAUAAAAUAGGGCCACUUUUUUUGUCUCUACAAUUCUGCUAACAUUUCUGCUAGCUUCCCACUAAACAUGUCAACAUGCUGUAGGAAUUCUAGUAGUUGAAUUUAAUGCUGUUUAUUCGUUGGGCUGUGUGUGUGUGUGUGCGCGUGUGUGUGUCAGGAUGCCGUGUGUGUUUGUGCGUGUGCGCGGAUUUAUGUGUGUUAAUUUAUUUUACCUUUUGGUCCAAAGGUUGUCUUUAUGGUGAGAACAUUUGUCCCACUCAGUUCCUUGAACAAUAAAAAUGGUAUUCAUCCUUAAAAAUGGCCUCCGUCUUUGAAUCAUAGUCCUCAGUGCUCGUUAUAUCCUCUAUCCUGCCUGCCUAGAAUGAUCCUUGUGUGUCACUGCACCUCAUCACCUUCACAUAGGCCUAGAUAGUGCAGAUGUCCUUAAAGCCAGCAGCUUCUGUUUCAAAGGUUAAAAACAUCUGGAAUAG